CUGUGUGCUAGUUUCUGUACAAAUUUGGUCCUGGGGUUACCCUAGUGUACCACAAUAUUUGUUUACUUGCUGUGUAGUGACAAGGAAUCGUAUAUCCUUUUAAUACUUGCAGUUCAUCAAAUAGCAUGUCUAAUUGACUGAGUGUGUAAGAACGUAGCCCGGCCACCCUGUCAGCAGGAUGAGUGACAACUGGCGGAAGAAAAUGUCCAACUCAAACGCGAAGCCGAAAAACAAUGGCGGGCAACGCUCAGGAGGGGGAGGGGGGAACUCGAACCGCCGACCCAACUCUGCCAAGGGAAACGGAAAGCAAACUCAGUCACCUUUGCAGAGAUCCACCAGCUAUGAGGGUGUUCGGAAGAUUGUUGCUCGCGAAGGACGGUCAGCGCGGAAUCUGGUGGCAUGGAGGGUGCCUAUGGACACCUCUGUCUCUGCAGGAAAAGGGAAGACGUCGAAUAAAAAGUCAAAAGCUGAAAAACUUGAAAGUAAAGCCAUGAGUAGUCAUGUUGCCGAGAACCUGAGGUCCAAGUCAGCACAGAGAGACUCGUCUUCUGAGGGAAGUAAAGGGACACAGACGUCGCCCCGCAAAAAGUCGCCCGGGCAGACCAAAGGGAAGAAGGGCGACGUACGAGCUCGCUACUGGGCGUUUCUGUUCGACAAUCUCCGAAGGGCCGUGGAUGAAAUCUAUCAAACAUGUGAAGCAGAUGAAAGUGUGGUGGAGUGCAAGGAAAUGCUACUGAUGUUGGACAACUACUCUCGAGAAUUCAAGGCACUGAUUGAGUACAUUGAAAUGGAGAAACAGCUGGAGAAGUCUGACAAUUGGCCCAGUUCAUUAGCAUGGGAGGUUAGGAAGUCUCCAGGACGACCCCUGGGCCCAAGUCCGACACCUUCUGAACGAGUAACUCCCAGUCCCGUGUCACGGAGCCUGAACUUCAGCGGACAUUCUCUGCCAAGGGGGAUAUCACCCACCCCUAGACAACCACCUGGAACAGCUGUUAAAGAUGCAGAUGAGAUUGCACCUGCCGAGGAGCCACAUGUUGCUGCACCUGUUGUGAAUACACAGGUGGCUGCACCUGUUGUGAAUACACAGGUGGCUGCACCUGUUGUGAGUACUGUGACUGGAGCCACUGGAACCUGGGCAGACAAAGUAAAAGGAAGUCCCUCAGCCACAAGUGUGGCUCAGCCAACCAGCAGUCCCGAUGCAAGCAAGCAGGGGUUGUCAACAGCAGUGCAGGAAGAGACAGAUCAUAACACAUGUGAGACAGAUGCAGAUACAGAAGACUCAGGAGGCUGGGAAACUGUCCAAAGAGGAAGACGACGCGAUCCAGACAGUCGUCAGCAGAGGCCCUCCAGACAGGCGGCAACAAAGAAUGCUAGACAUCAGAACAGUGCAAAAAACGGUUCAAAUACUGGCCAGAAACUGAACAGAGAGAGAGCUGACAGUCAGAAGGAGAACAGGCCUUCUCAUAGAGUAACACCAAAUAGCAAAACUUCUCAGAACUGCAGAAAACUCACACAGAACACUAAGAAAUCAGAUUUGCAGACAGACAAUACUGAUGUCAAACAGAAGGUAAUCAAUGGUCAUCCCAACGGAAAGAUGACAGUCUACAAUGCUUGGACACAGGACAAGAGCAAACCUAGCAAUGAGGGAGAAAUUUUUACAACAGAGACACUGGACACAGAAGACAAAGGGAAACCUUUAGCAGGAACAGAAGCUGGAAGUAGCAUUGAGAAGGCUACUUGUAAGCCCCAAACAGACAAUCUUACUGAAGCUGCCAAUACACCAAGAUCUACAGAAAAUGUAGUUGAUGAUCUCUUGAAGAAACUGAUUCUGAUGGACUCCAGUGAGAAGAGCAAUGGAGUCACAGAGCAAGAAAUGGAUGUAAAUAUAAAGAAUGGUCCACAGAACAAACUUGACAAAGGCCCAGGGGAGGAGGCGACAGAAAUUGAACAGACUGAAGGGGACAAUUGUUUGUCUCUGGACAAUGGUGGAAAGAUUACAGAAGGGUUUGCAGAUCUGGAGGAAGAGGAGGAUGUAGAUGAGGAUGAUGAUGACAUUCUUGAUUCUGCAUUAGAUGAUACGGUGGCAGCCAUUGAGAAGCAGGAGGAGGAGCUGGCCUCCAAGCUGCAGGCUUACCAGGACGAGGCCAUCGCCUGGGCCAUGGAGGAGGAGCGCUCCCUCACCAAGCAGAUAGAGGAGGAAGGAAAGGCACCAAUCCUGCUGGACACUGACAGAGAUGGGGAAAGUGACCUUGGGAACGCUAAGUCUAGCUGUUGUUCCAACAAGGAUGACCAUUCCAGCAGUACUAUAGAGGCCGAAAGUUCCUAUGAGCCCAAACGAGAGCCCCCAUUGGUAGAGUCUGCUGACACGCAGGAUAGCCCAGACCUGCCAUGUUGUGCAGACGGCGUUGGUCGUAUUGCCCAGUCUGAGGCCGAAGGACGGUCGCUACCGCACCUCCCCUCAGCCUCCCUUGACUCCUCUGGCCAACCCUUGGACUGGACAGAAAUCAUGGCUGAAUAUGAAGCAGGGGCUCAGUACCGGGAGACCACCUCCUGGGGAGAGAUGGUGGAGGAUUUUGAGAGCAGACCACCGGGCCGUGCGCUCCACAUGCACGAGAAACUCUCCUCACCAUCCAGGAAAAAACCAUUGGCAGAAUCUUGGAAGAAGCAUAAGGAGAAGCAAGCCAAGGCCGCUGCACUGAGAGAACGACUGAAAACAGAACAACAGUGUAAGCUGCAGCAGCUGGAGGAAAGGAUCAAAGAGGUUCGUGAGUGGAAGGAGCAGUUGUUAGACCAGAGGCGGCUGGCCAUGGAUGAGAAGCUGGAGAGAGCAGAGAGGAAACGACUGCUGCAGCUCCAGGCUGUGGUCAGGAAGGCACAGGAGGAGGAGGCAAAGGCUAAUGAAAUUGCUUUCAUCAACACUCUGGAGGCACAGAACAAGCGACAUGACAUCAUGACUCGCUACCAGCUGGUGGAGUCAAGACUACAGGAGCUGCUGGAUAUGCGUCAGAAGAAGCAGGAAGAGAAGGCAGCUAAAGAAGAAGCGGUGCAGGAACGUAGGAAGGCGCUGGAGGCCGAGCGACAGGCUCGUGUUCAGGAGCUCAUCAACAAACGGGAGGAACAAGAGGCCAGGAUCGAACAACAGAAACUAGAAAAGGACAAGGCUAGGGAGAAGGCAACCAGAGAAAGGGCCAGAGAACGUGAGCAGAGAAUGAUCGCCCUGAAUGCCGCCCAGCAAGCCAACCUUGAAGAGCUGCAGAAGAAAAUACAAAUGAAGCACGACGAGAGCAGCCGCCGACACCUGGAGCAGCUGGAACAGCGCCGAGAGAAGGCAGCUGACAUGAGCACCCUGAAGCACCUGACAGGUGGGGAGGACGACACUCCUCAGUCGGUGCCGUACGAACAGAAGAAAAUCUGCAGCCUCUGUACAGUUGUGAUUGCAUCAGAAGUGCACCUGUGGAGUCAUCUGAAGGGUAAGAAACACCAGGAGGCCAUGUCUGAACAGAUGGAGGGGAAAAUGUUAUCAGAGGAAGAAAUGCAAACCUUCUCAUUGAAGUACAUCAAAGAUGCCCUGGAGGAGGGAAAUGACAUGAGUGCUGAACAGGAGAAGGAGCGGCAGAAAACACUGAAGAAACGUGCCAAAAAACUACGCUCAAGAAUGGCAGCCAGGGGACGAGAGUACGAGAGCGUCCACGGUGGCAAGUUACCGAACCCCGACUCCACACACAGAGCAAAGAUACAGAAGAUUGUGAAGGACCUUAACAAGCAUCUACAGAACCAGGGGACAGGACCAUGGCAACAGAACAAAGUCCAGGCCUUGGACAGGACACUAGGGGAGGCCAGCAGGGUCAUGGAAAAAGGGACUGCCUUCGACAAGCAGGUGUUGCGCAGCUGCGGGGGCAUGACAUCCCUGUCCCGACUGCUGUUCCUAACAGAGACAAACGGAGAUGGCAAGCCACCUGUUAUCCCCAACAAGUCUUUAAACCUGGUGGCCUCUGUUUACGGACAAGCGUGUACCGGGCUGGAGGAAAACUGCGUGUACGUGCUUCUGAGUAACAAGAUUGCAUCAGUGGUCGACGCCCUAUCACAUCAACUCAUGACCCUGCUGCCUGAAGUGUCCAGCCCACUGACCACCAGCGGAGGAGUGCGUGUCCAGCUGCCCAGCGACCCUGUAGCCACGAGCCUGAUGCAGACCUUGUCCACCAUUCUGGACUGUCUGGCCAGCCAUUACACCAGCAGGCAGGCCAACAAGACAGCCUCCACUGGGACUGACCUGGACAGUCUGAUUGGCCGAGGAUAUGACCUUGUCAGCUAUGUUGUGAGUGUGGGGGUAGUGGACAAGCUGUCUCAGUACUUUAAGAGUGUGCGAGGGCCGAUCGACCAGGACCUGAAGGCUGCAGAGUUUCUGGGGAGUGGAAUGGGCCUGCUAGCCUCCAUGAACAAAUUUGUAUCUUCUCUUGGCAACGAGAUGUACCUCCUCAUGCGGUAUGACAACUUCAUGAGUUCUGACUGGUGUGGGACUGCACUUGGAGAGGAGGGUAUCUCACUGGAGUUCCGCCACAUUGCCAGCUACCUGCUGUGGUACUGCACACAUUGGACCAAUCAGGACCUUCUUCACGAGGUCAUCCUUAUUGUCGGAUACUUCACUGCCCUCAACAGUGACAAUCAGGUGAUCGUGCAGUCCGGUCGCACCCCCACCGUACUCCAGCAGCUGUGUGCCCUGCCCUUCCAGUACUUCAGCGAUCCGCAGCUUGUGGCCGUCCUGUUCCCCACCCUCAUCUCAUGCUGCUACCAAAACGAACAGAACAGGAAGAUCUUACAACAGGAAAUCAGUUCAUCCUUACUAGCCACAUUCAUCGAGGGAAGAAUACAAGACAGCCAACAGCAGAUCCUGCUGCCAUCUAAGAGACCCAAAACAUCAGACUGGAACCUAUGA